AUUUUCCCGAUGAAGUGUUAUCUCCGUCUGGCCGAUCCGAUGCCAUAUUUUGUGGGUCAGCCACAGUUUCGUCGUGUUUACUUGCGCGGUGAUCUGAAGAUGAAGGAUGGUAAACAGGGUGCCAAGGUAGAUGCGCACUGUAUUUUGUUCACGGAUCUCUUUCUUAUUUGUAAAGCUUUCAAUAAACGGUACGAUCGACUGAGGAUACUCAAAUCGCCAAUACAUAUCGCUAAAAUGUGCCUUCAACAAUUUCCCGAUUACUGAAUCCUUGUCGAUAUUGCCAUGCACUGUGUACAACUGUAUCGUUCCAAUUCCACAGUCUAUGAGAGACGUGAGCAAAGAAAAAGUUGUAUCUGGAAUACCUGGGACAGUUGCUAG